AUGCCCAACAUCUUCAGCUCCAUACCACCACCAAUUCCGCAUGCUACGAGACCCAAGUUUAAUCUUUGGUGGAGAAAGCAGAAAUUAAGUACUGUGACUGUGGAUGUAGGAAGAAAAUCCUGGAUUAAUGCCAUCUAUUAUCCGAAUUGGGCUGUAUACUGUGGAGAGACGCCGGCAUCAUUGAAUUAUGCCUGCGUCAGCCAUGUAUUCUACGCAUUUGCUCACGUAGAUGUAGAAGGAAAAAUAUUUCUGAGCGACGAAUGGGCAGAUAAACAGAUGCCUGUGGACGGCACGACGGGCUGUUUGGCGUCACUCUCAUGCUUAAAGCAACAAUUUAGUCAUCUAAAGCUUAUUUUAUCAAUUGGGGGUGGCGCCUCAUCGCAAAACUUUGCUGCUGUAGCAUCAACCAAGCAUGGGCGCGAAACUUUUGGGCAGUCGGCCAGAUGCCUCGUCGACACAUACGCCUUAGACGGAAUAGAUAUUGAUUGGGAGCACCCAUCAGACCAUGAGCAAGGGCGUAACUUUAUCAGCUUGCUUGCAGCGAUUCGUUGUUACUUACCCGACGCAAAAUAUCUUCUUACAGCAGCUUUACCGGCUGGACAAUGGGCAUUACAAAAUAUUGAUCUCCGCAAGGCUAAUGAGUAUCUUGACCUUGUAAAUUUAAUGGCUUACGACUUUACUGGGUCCUGGACUGCGAAAGCUGGUCAUCACGCCCAACUCCACGCUAGUAAAAGUGAUGAGUGCUGCGGUGCUUCAGCAGUGAAUUAUGUUAUUUCAACUGGCUUUCCCGUCUCCAAGUUAUUACUUGGUAUACCUGUCUAUGGAAGAUCAUUUCUAGGCGCAAGUGGCCCGGAUCAAACUUAUACUGGACACGCUGGCGAUGAAGGCACCUUCAAAUACAAGGAUCUUCCACGGCAGAACUGCCAAGAAACUGUCAAUCCUCAUGUUGUUGCCGCAUCUUGCUAUGGAGGUGAUGGGGGCUUUGUCACCUAUGAUAACCCCGAUACCGUGAGAAUAAAGGCCAAAUACUGUAGAGAGAAGGGACUUGGGGGGCUUUUCUACUGGACGGGGACUGCCGAUGCGCCAUCUGGUCCUCGUAGCUUAGUUUCCACUGGUUUUCACAGUCUGCAUGGUCAUUAA